AUGCUUGUGGCGAAGAUCGCGCGACUCGCGGGUGCAAAGACUCAAUUAGAGCGACGUUUCGUACACGUUGGUGGCGAGUACUCGAGCGGCAACGACAGAUCUCUCUCGUUUGGCGAGAGAUCGACCGCGUUCGAGAGUCGUGUUUUGACCGGUGCGGUGAUCAACGCGGAUUACAUCGAGCCGCGACGAUUUUUAGAAGACGCUGGCGAUGUAGUGCUCGAGCGAGUGCGAGACGUCGUAGGAAGACAUGGUAGUGUGAAAGUGAACACUGCGUUCAACGGUGAGUUUGUGGCGAACGAUAAACGUGCCACUAAGGCCCAUUUUCACAAUAUAUGCAGCGACGAGGAUUUUGAACCAAGAAGACGAUUAUUUAAACCGCGAAUAAAUUAUUUUGAAGAAUACGAUCAAGAAGAAUUUCAUUAUAGAUUCAGAUUAAAACCAAGGACAGUAGAAAAUAUUUUAGAAGAAAUUGGAGAUAUUAUUUCCCAUCCCACGGGAAGAAAUAAUUGUCUUACUGCUAGCCAGCAGUUAUUACUUGCAUUAAACUUUUACGCAAAUGGAUCAUUUUUGCGAGUAGCAGAAGAUUUUGGCGGAAUUAGUGUACCUACAGCUAGCCGAACAGUAGCAAGAGUUUCUCAAGCCAUAGCUAGUUUAUGCCCAAGAUAUAUAAAAAUGCCUGAAGGCGAUGAAGCCACCGAAGUGAGACAAGCCUUUUAUAAUAUUGCCCGAUUCCCAAGAUGUAUUGGAUCAAUAGAUUGUACCCACAUUAAAAUACAGUCACCAGGUGGUGAUAAUCCUGAAAUAUUUCUAAAUAGGAAACAAUUUUUUUCUUUAAACGUUCAAACUGUUGCUGAUCCAUUUCUAAAAAUAAGGGACAUAGUGGCACGAUGGCCAGGAUCUUGUCAUGAUAGCCACAUAUUCAGAAAUUCUGCUUUAUAUGCUUCCUUGGAAACUGGUCGAUUUGGAGACAACGUAUUAGUAGGUGAAAGCGGCUAUUCAGUAAAAUCUUAUUUAAUGACUCCUUUACAGCAAGUGAGGAAUAACGCGGAGGCACUUUAUAAUGAAUCAAUAGUCCGUACAAGAAAUGUUGUAGAAAGAUCGUAUGGAGUAUGGAAAAGAAGAUUUCCAGCAUUGACAAUGGGAAUACGUUUAAAACUAGACACAGUUCAAGCUAUGAUAGUAGCUACAGCUGUUCUUCACAAUAAAGCCUGUGAUGAAAAAGAAAGGUUACCGUCAAUAAAUCAUGAACAGGAAAUUGCUUUGAUAAUAUUAAUAAUGUCCCAGUGCAAAAUAUUGAAGGUGAUAUUAUUGGAGUAA